CGCGGCGCCCGCACGCUCUGUGGCGUCACGGCUCUGGCACCGCGCCUCACUGGCCGCCCGCGCGUUCUCCUCGGCGCUGAGAGCCGUCGCGACCGAUGACGUGAGGGCGCCUCACGCGUGCCCUCCCCUGGUCUUCCAGCCCGGCCAGGGGAGCGUCGGGGACCGGCCUCGGAGCUGCUUAUUCUCAGCCCGCCUGCCCUGCUCGGCCUGGGUACUGGAGCUUCGGUGGUGCUGACCCUGGUUCCUUCUUCGCAGUGAUCUCCUUCCCUGCGCCACGGACUGGAGCCCGGGAUGCCGGGCAUCUCCGCCCGGGGCCUGUCUCACGAGGAGAGGAGGCAGCUGGCUGUGAACCUCACCCGAGUUCUGGCUCUCUACCGUUCCAUCCUGGACGCCUACAUCAUCGAAUUUUUUACAGACAACUUGUGGGGCACACUUCCUUGCUCAUGGCAAGAAGCAUUGGAUGGACUGAAGCCACCACAGCUGGCCACACUGCUGCUGGGAAUGCCUGGGGAAGGGGAAGUAGUCAGGUACACGUCGGUGUGGCCACUCACCCUGCUGGCCCUGAAGUCCACAGCCUCUGCUCUGGCCUUUACGCGGACGCCUGGGUUUCAGACCCCCUCAGAGUUCCAGGAAAACCCCAGCCAGAGCUCCCGAUUGACAGCACCAUUUCGGAAACAUGUCAGACCCAAGAAACAACAUGAAAUUCGGAGGCUGGGAGAGUUGGUGAAGAAACUGAGUGAGCUCACAGGCUGCACCCAAAUUGUGGAUGUAGGCUCAGGCCAGGGCCAUCUCUCCCGCUUCAUGUCCCUGGGGCUGGGGCUGAUGGUAAAGAGUAUCGAAGGGGAUCAGAGACUGGUGGAGAGAGCCCAGCGUUUGGACCAGGAACUCUUGCAGGCUCUGGAGAAAGAAGAGAAGAGGAACCCACAGGUGGUCCAAACUGGCCCUCGCCUCUCUCCACACCAUGUGGUUAGCUGGGUAGACCCCACCACCUUGUGUGAGGAGCUCCUGCUUCCACUGGAGAACCCAUCUCCGAGUGGGGCACGCUUGUUGCUGACAGGCCUCCAUGCCUGUGGGGAUCUGAGCGUUGCCUUGCUGAGGCAUUUCUCCUGUUGCCCUGAGGUGGUGGCCCUGGCCUCAGUUGGCUGCUGCUACAUGAAGCUGAGUGACCCUGGAGGCUACCCACUAAGUCAGUGGGUGGCAAGGCUACCAGGCAAUGAACUACCCUACAGGCUUCGGGAAGGGGCCUGCCACGCGCUGGAGGAAUAUGCUGAGCGGCUGCAGAAGGCAGGCCCUGGCCUCCGAACCCACUGCUACCGGGCAGCUCUGGAGACAGUCAUCCGACACGCCCGGCCUGAGCUCCGACGGCCAGGGGUGCAAGGGAUCCCCAGGGUCCAUGAGCUCAAGAUUGAAGAGUAUGUGCAGCGAGGGCUACAGCGGGUGGGGCUGGACCCACAGUUGCCACUGAAUCUGGCUGCCCUUCGGGCCCACCAGGCCCAGGAGAACCGUGUGGUGGCCUUCUUUAGCCUAGCCCUUCUGCUGGCCCCGCUGGUGGAGACGCUGAUUCUACUGGACCGACUGCUCUACCUUCAGGAACAGGGCUUCCAUGCUGAGCUCCUGCCCAUCUUCAGCCCUGACCUUUCACCCAGAAACCUGGUUCUAGUGGCCACCAAGAGGCCUCUGGGCCAGGCCUUCUCUGUGCUGGAGACUGAAGACAGCUGACCAAGCCUGAGGAAAGUGUAUCUCGACUCUGUCUGCAGCCACCCCAACGCCAUAGUGGGUGGUGGUCUGUACCUCCCACCCAGAGAUCCAGCGUCCUGCAUCCUGCCUGGAAGUAUGGUUCCCCAUUAACCUUCACCUUCAUACCUUUUUCCUCCCUUCCUGUGUUAUGUCAUGUGUAAAACUAGUUUUUAACUUAUUAAAAAACU